AUGGCGUCAGCAAAUGAAUCAAUUAAAUUAAUCAUUCGUACAACCAACAACAAAUAUGCAGAUUUUCUUCUUGAACUGCCGCCAUUAAUAACUGUUUAUGAUCUAAAGCAAAAAAUAACGUUGAAUCAUCCAACUAGACCGGUACCAACAGAUCAACGCUUAAUUUUUUCUGGUAAACUUCUUGAUGAUUCAAGUUUACUUAGUCAAGUGUUUGUUAAAUCUUCAUCGGGAUCAUCGUUUAUGGUUCAUCUUGUUCUUGAUUCUGAUAAAACUGCAACGACACCGAAAAGUUCUCACCUAACAACAGUACGAGCAGCUCCUAUUGCUACCGAACCACCACCAUCUUCUGACAAGUCAUCGAGUUGUUCGCACUCGAAUACUUAUGAACAGUAUUCAGAAGAAUUGUUUCGAUAUCAGCAACAACUUCAAGGGUUUUUAAUUAAUCCAUGUGGUACUCAACCGGAUUUGAACUUUGAAAGUCAAGCUUAUUUACAAUAUUGCUAUACACAUUAUCAAAUGUAUCAAAAUUUACUUGCAUAUCAAAGAACAGUAAUCCCUCCAUCGACGACAACAACAACAACAACAACUACUGCCACUCCUACUUCUACACAACAAUCAUCUACUAAUGAAACCUCUGCUCCUGCUCCUCCUGCUGCUGCUCCUGCACCACAACCGGCAGCAGGCAAUAAUGAUUUAGAACAAGAGAAUGAUCUUUUAGGAGUAUUAAAUAUGCUUGUGGAAUUAUUUGUGCUAUGCUCGAUUAUUUACUUCUAUUCAACAUUCAGCCGUUUUCUUGUUGUUUUUGUUAUUUUUGUUCUUCUUUAUUUACAUUGUCGUGGCUAUUUAUCUAUUCAUCGACGUCGACGUGUACAAGUGCCACCGGCACCUGUUGUUCCUGAACAACCAGCUGCUAAUGAUGGCGAACAAGUUGGAGAGGCUGAAGCCGAACCAGAAGUUGCAGUAAAUGAAGCUCAAAAUCUGAACGAUGCUGAACGCCAACGUCCUGUGCCACCUGCACCUGGUCCUGUUGAAGAGAAUCCAGUAACAACAACACGUCUUUUACUUACGGCUUUAUCAACAUUUUUCUCUUCAUUAGUCCCUGAACGACCACAACGUGCUUGA